AUAUGCUACGCAAGAAAUAAGAAUGGAUCAACGGACAGUGACCGAAACUGAGGGAUAAAUUACGCGCAAGCAUAUACCAAAAGUUCGAAACUGCAAAACCUAACGGUCCUCGCGUUGAAACGCCCCCCCGGGCUUCGAUUCCAUUUCCCACUUUCCUUCUCUACCCUUUUGUUGGAUCUCGUCCUCUUUAAGUGAUUGAUUGGCAAUAUUAUCAUGGAAAUCGGUAUCGGGGAACCGGGCGAAACUCAUAUCGCAUUCGUUGAAUGAUUGAUUUAUCGGUUUAAGUUUUAAUUUUAGAUUUUGGUUGAUAACAAAGUUCUGAUGAACCUUUCUGAGCUUUCAAUUUUAUGUGAAUGAGACUGGAGGUUCGUCGAAAUGAGCUCGCAGAGGCAUCACGUGACGGUUUGGGAACUCGUCGAGGAGGGCAAGAAGCGGUUUGUGGUCCUGAUCAUAUGCGUCGCCGGAUUGUCAUACCUCAUGUCCUUGACAAGCUCCUCAGUUUGGGUCAACUUGCCUGCUGCUGCCUCCUUAAUUAUUGUCUUGCGUUAUAUAUCUUUGGAUUUUGACAUGCGGAGAAAAGCUGCAGCAUACAACAGCAAUCCAUCCUCAGCAAAUACUCUUCCUCCAAAGAUUCCUCUUGAAUUACCUAAAAAUGUUGAAAAGUCUGAAUGGAGAAGCAAAGUGAAUUCUCCUGUUGUUGAGGAUGCAAUAGAUCACUUCACAAGACAUCUGGUUUCUGAGUGGGUUACAGAUUUCUGGUACUCUCGCUUGACACCUGAUAAAGAGGGUCCGGAGGAACUGUUGAACGUCGUGAAUGGGGUUCUUGGGGAAAUUUCUGCGCGCGUGAGGAAUAUAAAUUUAAUUGAUCUACUGACAAGGGACCUUAUUAAUCUUGUUUGCAUUCACUUGGAGCUUUUUCGUGCAACUCAAGUGAAGAUUGAAAAGCAACAUUCAGGAUCGCUAACAAUCGAACACCGAGAAAUAUUGCUAAGACACAUCCUGGCUAACGAGAACAAAUUGCACCCUGCUCUGUUUUCGCCUGAAGCUGAGCACAAGGUUUUGCAGCAUCUGAUGGAUGGUCUUAUUUCUUCUACAUUCAAGCCUGAAGAUCUGGAGUGCCUUCUCUUCCGUUAUAUAGCCAGAGAGCUUCUAGCUAGUGCAGUAAUGCGACCUGUCCUAAACCUAGCAAGUCCAAGGUUUAUGAAUGAAAGAAUUGAAUCCUUAGUCCUUAAUAUGAGCAAAGCAAAAAAGGGGGCUUUGACAGUAGAAGGGGCAUCUCAGACUAGAUCAGAUGAGCGUUCAAGGAUUUCAUCUGACUAUUUUUCUAGAUUCUUGGAUCCUACUGUUACUGGUGUUGAACUUGUGCCGUUAAAAAAUAAUCAGUCUAGAUCCACUGCUAAUGCAUCAUCAACAGAUCAAGACUAUAGAAAGAAGGAAGGUGAAAAUCGGGUAAUUGAGCAAGUAUCACAAGCAGGGAAGUCCGUUAAAGUGGAUCGUUCAAAGGCAAUAUCCAAAUCGAAAGAGAACAACACUGUAACCAAGGUUAAUCACUCUGAUAGUACCGCUGUUCACUUUGGAUGUACUGAUCAGCUUUCUGUAGAAAGCUUAUCAUGCCCUACAAAUCGGAACAUAUCGAGUCACUCUUCAUUUAUUUCAUUUAAAGAAGAUGAAAAGCACAGCAUCAAGCAUUUGGAGGAGGUUGAAUCAGGGAGCAGUACUUCUUAUACAUCAGAAGAUGAAGAAACUAGCAAUGUAACAGGCCUUGAUUCUCCGGGAACUAAAGUAUGGGAUGGUAGAGGUAACAGAAAUCUGGCUCUUUCUCACAUUCAUCACCCACUUGAGAAUUCUGAAGGCCUUAUAGCAAAGAAGACUGGUAAAGGGCAUAUUCACUAUCAAAGAUUAGUUAGAACCCCAUCUGGUCGUAAAAGGUCUAGACUAAGCAGUCAUAAAACACACAUUUGGCAGGAGGUUGAGAGAACAAGCUUCUUGUCUGGUGAUGGACAGGAUUUACUUAGUUCUGCCAAAGGAUAUGCAAAUGCUGAGGACUCUAGCGAUGACUGUGAGAAUGAAAAUUUGGGUAGAGUUCAAAGCGGAGCAGCUGCUUCUUCAUCUGUGCUUCCUAUACCAGAAAGUCGUAGUUUUACUGUCAGUUCUCUGCAAGAUACGCUGGCGGUGGCUUCAUUUUUUAAGUUGAGAUUUCAUUUGCUGUUGCAGGUAUUGGGUGCAAACAUUGUGAAGAGUUGCUCAAAAACAUUUGCUGUUUAUUCAAUAUCUGUUGCAGAUGUAGAUAAUAACAGUUGGUCAAUCAAAAGAAGGUUUCGUCACUUUGAGGAGCUACAUCGGCGUUUGAAAGAGUUUCCAGAGUAUAAUCUUCAUUUGCCACCAAAGCGUUUUCUAUCAACAGGUUUAGACGUACCUAUCAUUCAAGAAAGGUGUAAAUUGCUUGACAAGUAUUUAAAGAAUCUUAUGCAGCUUCCAAGAAUUUCAGGAUCAAUUGAAGUUUGGGAUUUUCUCAGUGUUGACUCCCAGACUUAUCUAUUCUCGAAUUCCUUUUCUAUAAUUGAAACUUUGUCAGUUGACCUAGAGGAUAAGCCAUCUGAAAAGAGUAAAAAGCUUCCAAAGUUUCUUGGACCUACGAUUGUGAGAGAAGAUUUAGGCACUGAAAAUAAGGAGUCCAUGUUCCUGAUGAAGAAUAAUGUUGUGACAGAUGGGAGAUUAAAUGCAAAAGAUACUAGGCCACAAAACUAUGCAUCUUCUCCCUCAAGCUUGGAGAACACUGUAAAAGGAAGAGAUGAUAAUGGUUCAUCUGAGUCGCUUCAUGAUGCUGCUGCUGACCCAUUCCUUCCUACAGAGUGGGUGCCGACAAAUUUAAGUGUCCCCAUAUUAGAUUUGGUAGAUGUCAUCUUCCAACUUCAAGAUGGUGGAUGGAUCAGGCGAAAGGCAUUUUGGGUGGCCAAACAGAUACUACAACUAGGAAUGGGUGAUGCCUUUGAUGAUUGGUUAAUAGAGAAAAUCCAGCUUCUGCGUAAGGGAUCUGUUCUUGCUUCAGGGAUCAGGCAGGUUGAGAAGAUUCUCUGGCCCGAUGGAAUAUUCAUAACCAAGCAUCCAAAGCGUCGACCACCACCACCUGUUAACCCAUCCCAGAAUACACCUCUUGACCGACAACGUUCAGGGGUAUCUCCACCUAUACACACUUAUGAGCAACAACAGGAGGCAGUUCGGCAUGCAAAGUUUGUUUAUGAGCUAAUGAUUGACAAUGCUCCGGCUGCCAUCAUAGGUCUUGUUGGUCGUAAAGAGUAUGAACAGUGUGCAAAGGAUCUCUAUUUUUUUAUUCAGUCACCGGUUUGUUUGAAGCAACUCGCUUUUGACCUUCUCGAGCUGCUGCUUUUGUCCGCAUUUCCGGAGUUAGAUUAUGUUUUCAAGCAGUUGCAAGAAGAAAGACAUAAAUUUGUUGAACCCAAGGGAAAUUAAUGGAAAUUUCAGAUCUCUCUCCCCCCCACCCCCAUGUAGCCAUGAUAUUAGUACAAACAUAUCUUUUAGAAAGCUAUCCUUAUAUCACAAAAUUUCAGGAAGAUUCGGUAGUCUCGGUGUGGGACUUAGUACGGUCCAUCUAUCAGGGGAGCCCACACGGAUAGUGGGAGGAGUCUCACCGGACUUCACGAGUCACACCCCUCUUUCCAAUCAGCAAUGGCAAUUGGCAGGGGUUCCAAAUCCGUAAGUGAGGCUGCAAUAUUCUUCAUCAACAAGCAGAGUGAUAUCUCCUCAAGACCUUGUUUCAGAUAAAACUUAACUUAUUCAAAUAAACGGAGACUGUUGUGAUAUAGCACUGAGAAAUUGAGGUUGUUUAAUGGGCUCAGGUCUUUUUCCAGAAA